AUGUCGGAAGUUCGGGUUAGGCCAAAAGCACAGACUUGUGGCCGGAAGUGUGCACGGUGGCAUCUGUGUUGGUGUGUGCUGCACAGUUCGUACAAGGAGGAUGAUGGUAGGAACGCCUUCACAUUGGAUUACGCGCAGUUUUACUUUAGAGCGGUGCCAAUUAGUGGCCAACAGCAGCAACAACAGCAGCAGCAACAGCACCAGCAGCUCGUGCAGCAGCAAUUGCUAGCCCAGCAGCAGCAGCAACUGCAGAUCCAGCAGCUGCAGCAACAAUUGCUGCUGCAGCGACUCGAGCGUGAGUUGCAGCAGAGUUACUCGUGCCUGCGGCAACGUUGGCUCACCGACUACGCAGCCCCCCACCAGCAGCAGCAGCAUCUAGCCCAGCAGCAGCAGCUCUUCGCGGCGCAGCAGCUGCAACUGCAGCACCAGCAACUGCAACAGCAGCAGCAGCAGCAACAACAGCAGCAGCAGUAUAGCUACUACUUCAGUCGCGGCAGCACCAACACCGAUCUGGGUCUCGGACUGGGCCUGGGCUUCGGUCUGGGCAGCGGCAACCUAGCCAGCUGGUACCAUCUGCCGUCCACCUCGGCGCACAUCUAUAUAGGAACCACCAGCAGCGGUGCCGCGGGCAGCACCCCCUACCAAUAUCCGUACCGCAGUGUGGGCGGCUAUUCCGGCGGCGGUUAUCCGGCGGCGGCGCUUAUCAACUUCGAUGCCUCGCCCACGCCGCUGUUAGCCUCAGCGGGAAGUUCGCCCGGCUAUUUGCCGCCGUUGGCCAUUCCGGCAGCCUUACCGCCUCCACCGCCAGCGCCGAGUGUAGCCACCGACUACUACUUCAGCAGUCGCAGUACCCGGACCGUUCCACCGCCUGUACCGCCCACACCGGCGGCAGUUGCAGCAGCGGCAUCGGUAUCAGCAGCGGCAGCAGCAGCAGCAGCGGCAUCGGCAUCAGCGGUCUCCACCUCGCCGUUCCGGGAGUACGGGAGUGCGGCGGAGGAGCUGCAAGCUGGCUAUCGCUACAAGGCCACGCCCCGCAGGCGGUACGACGCCUACGACAACUACGGCUAUCUGCCGGGCUUCGCCAGCACCACUGAAGACGAGGAGGACCUGCUCGAGGAGUGUCUGCCGCAGGCCCUGCUCUCCACGGACUGCUCGAGUCUCGAGGAACUGCGCUUCUUCCAUCUGCAGGAGGAGGAGGACGAGGACGAGGACGACGAGGAGGUGGCCACGCAGCUGGCGCACAUCCUUGACCUGCCGGACUUUCUGCAUCCCUACGGCAGCAGCGGCCGGGACAGCCUGCACAGCCACAAGACGCCGCCGCAACACGAGUACCAAACGGAGCACGGCUCAGCCGCAGCGGGAGGAGCAGGAUCAGCAGGAUCAGCCGGAUCGACCGGCCGGGGUGGAGCCGAACUGGGUGGCGGCGGUCAGUCGCAGCGUGUCCCGGAGGAGCAGCGCUAUCAGACCUAUCAAUACCAACAGCAGCAUCAGCAGCAGCAGCAGCAGCAACAGCAUCACCAGCAGCAGCAUCACCAGCAACAGCGACAGCAGCAACAUCAGUCGCACUACCCACAGCAGCACCAGCAAUUCCAGCCGUCGCAGCAGCAACUGCAGCAGCAGUCCUACCACUCCUACCAAUAUCCUUCGCAGGACAGCUGCGAGGGCUUCAAUCAGUUCGCCACCAACGCCGGCAGCUGCCUGGGCAAUCAGAGAAUGAUGGUUAGCAAAUUGUGGAACAGCUGCUUCCCGGAGUUCACCCCGGACCAUGUGCAUCGCCACAACUUUUACUUGUGCCAGUGGCAGCGCAACACGCAGGUGCGCAUCGUGUACCUGUUCUACCGCUGGAUAACGGCCAUCACCUGCCUGGCGGCACUGGUCUGCUCCCUGCUGGACAUCGGGCGCACGGACGAGCACUUCGAGCACCACUACGCCAAGUGGUGGAUCUACCUGACCCACUGGGGCCUGCUCUUCUGCACGGUGCAGGCCUGGCUGGCCGCCUGGAUAGUCACCCAGGGCAUGAUGGUGGAGCGCGAGGACUUCGAGAUCGUGCGGCAGGCGAAGAAGAGCCGCCUGCACCACCUCUACUGGGUGCUCUACACCUGUGCCACUGUCUAUGCGUUCAUCGUCACCAUGUGCUACUGGCUAUUGGUCCACAAUCCUGAAAUACACAAGAUCGAUGCGCUGAACAUAAUGGUACAUGUGCUCAACACGAUUAUAAUGCUGAUCGAUUUGGCCAUAGUGGGGCACCCGAUAAAGAUGAGCCACGCCUACUUCACCACCGGCAUUGGCCUGGCCUAUGCCAUAUUCACGGGCAUCUAUUUCUUGGCCGGCGGCACAGACAGGAAAAACCAAACUGCCAUCUACCCGAUGAUGGACUGGACCAAGCCGGGUAAGGCGAUCAUUGUGACGGCCUGUGCGAUCAUCUUCACGUUUUUUGUGCACUUCUGCUGCUACCUCUUGUACCGCGGAAGGGUGUGGCUCUUCACCAAGUUGUGCAUCCGCGGGCGCCACAAUCGGGAUGGCGAAAUGGGUGAGGGCCUCAACGACGACUCCGGAUCGCGGAUGGGCGGCGGUGGAGCCGGAGGAGCAGGAUCGGCCAGUGGCGGAGGAGGAGCAGCUGGUGGUCCGGUGGCUGCCGCUGGCGCUGUGGGCAGCAGCCAGGACUACGCCCACCAGCAGCAGUAUCCCAUUGCCCACACGGAGCAGCCGAGGGCGGGCAGCCACCAACAGCAGCAGCAGCAGCCGCCGGGCAAUUACCAGCUGCCGCCGCAGUAUUCCGGAUAUCUGCAGCAGCCAGUGGUCGCCGGAGUCAAUGUGGGCGUGAUCAGUGCCGAGGGCGUGUACCAGCCCAUUGGCACGGACACAGGACGCACCAGCGGCGGAGGACAGGGAGGCGCUGAUGGCAAGCACAAGUCGGCCUCAGGAUCGGCAGCUGGAUCGGGAUCAGGAGCAGGGGCAGGAUCUGGAUCGGGCUCGGGCUCGGCCUUGACGCGCACCGUGUCCCACCUGGAGGCGUCGCAGCGGGAGCAGUUCCUCAACCCCAACAAGAUCGUCGAGUACAAGAUGUAAAGGCGUUGCACCCGGCACCGGUAUACGUUCCACUUGUCCAUGAAGUUUCUGGAGAAGCACUGUGCCCAGUGCGAGGCGACGCGCAGCGCCAUCUGUGAGGAGCAGCGCCACCUGGCCUGAGCAGCGCCACCUAGCCUGAGCACAGUGGGUAGUUUUUAGAGUUGCUUUCGAGACGUCUAGUUUUCGAAUACCUGCCAGGCCAAAUCGAUUGAUGAUGAUCGGCUCAAAUCAGUAUUGCACUUGGUAUUGUUAUUUUUUGGCAAAGUAGUUUGUAACCGUAGUUUCGUAAUUUUGUAAAAGCUUUGCCAAUUUUUUAAGUGUGUAGACGCUUUUCAGUGUGUGCCGAACGGCAUACAUACAUAUAUAUAGCACCGCAAAGGUCUAGAAUAUUAGAGAUGUUCCUUUAAGUGAAGGAUUACCGUUGAGUGUAUUCAGACUAUUUUUGGUGGUAAUCCUUUCGGCAAGUCGUUCCAACAGUUUAAAACAUUUUAAUGGACUAAGUUGAACAUGAUAUUUGUAUUUAACAACUCACAGUAUUUUAUUUGAAGCUCAGUUCUAAUUAUCGUCAUAAUAACGCAAUUGUGUUCAGAAAAAUUAACACACUAUUCCACAGUUUCUUUCGACCCAAACUCAAAACGAACAACAGCUAGAGAAAAAAAAGCAAAAUGACAUACUGCCUACAAUGAUUUAAGUUAAGAACUUUUUUACAUAGCUAAUUUAACCAUUUAUCCAUAUAAAUUUUAUAUAUCGGUGCAGGUGUACAGCCACCUCAUGCCUCAAAAUCCGAGAGCAAGCGAAGAUAAACGAUUGAUGAUUGAUUUAAUUAAAAUGGAUUGCCUACCUUCGGGCCCUUGGAUAAUUGAGCAUGGAGAUGGCAAAUAAAAUUGGCAGUUUUUUAAAGGAGCUAAAUGGCGCCGAAAAAGAAGUAGAGCAAACAACAUUAAUUUUAGGAUAUGCUUGGCAUUGGUUUGCUUAGUAAUUAGUGAAUUGAUAACAUAAAAUACGUUUAUUUAUAUGAAUAUUUUCCCAGCUAGCUCAAUCGCUGCUAGAACACUCUAAUAAACAUUAUUCUACCAAGCACGACGUAAAAUAUUACGGAUAACAAUAUCAGAAAUAAAUAUUUUAGCAUACGAUGUUGAAAAGUAUAUUGCAAAAGGUUUUACUUUCGACUCAAAACCAAAUAAAAACCGAAAUCCUUGUACCCUACAAAAACUCAGAUGUUUUGCUUUUGUAGGUUUCUGCGAGUAUGUGACUUGGACAGCUAGCACAUACUGAGAUCAGUGAUUAGAGAUAUAACCAAACGGAAACCUAUAUAUGUAUACGGGUUUAUGUAUUAUUAUGUGUAUGUAAAUAGUUCAAUUCGUUUAUGUUCAUCGAUUUCUAUCUAUAUUCAAAUGCAAAGGCAAAAUUAAAGGAAUCUGUUGCAGAAAAUGUCAGAUCACGUGAAAUGGUAUAGCCAACUUGAGUAAAAAUUCAGAAACAGCAAUGAAAGAUACAACUAAAAAUCAAAUGCAUUGAAUAAAACUCGUCAAGAGGAAUGUGUUAACAAGCAAAAGCAAAACAAAAACCAAAUAUAACAAAAUAUUUAACUAAAUAUACAGAAACAAAUGCAAAGCAAAUAGCAUGCCCUAACUAUACAAACAUAAUUGAAUAUAUAUGUAAAGCAUAGCGAGGUAAAGUAAACAAACAUUAAUUUUUGAUAGAUUUACAUAAAUUAAACACUUUCUCCUAUAUAAAACAGCUCAUCCACAGGUCUUCGGGUAUUCUUAUUUCCACAUUAUUUGAAUCCGAUUUCUUUUUAGAGAAAUUUUACCAGUUUUGGUUGAGGAACUGAAAAUGUGCAUCAAUUUUGUGUCAGUUUCGCACGUUUUUCCCGUUUUGUUUUCCAAAAAUUUAGUAUAAAUGUAUAAAUGAAUGUUUAUAUAGACUGAAUAUUAUUAACACAAAGAUAAAAUCGAAAACAAAAUAAAACCGAAAUAACACAUAAAAGAAUGCGGUUAAAGUUAAACCUUUUCGAAAUUGUAAAAAUAUAAACCAAAAAGCCAAAAUUUCAUAUUAGCCACAACAUAAAACAGUAAACACAUAUCAACAUUUAGACAAGAUCAUUCUUAAUAUAAAAAUAUUCAAAUAGAUGAAAACCGAAAGUUUCAAAUAAAGCAAAUCAAAGUUGACCUCAUCAAGAACCACAUAUAAAAACAAAGUAUAAAAUUAAAAAUUGCAUAAAAAGAUAUGUAUAAAUGUUAAACAAUCAUUAUAAAGUACGUUUAUGCAGAAUAUAUUUAGCAGAGAAAAAAUUAAAAUAUUAUAUUUUGUAGAUUUUUAGUAAAUUAGAAGUGAACGAUUACGAAACACAAUGUCAACAUACACACACAUAUGUCUACAAAAUAUUUAUCCCAAAUAUAUACAUCCCCCAUACCCUUACAAAUGUAGCUCAGCUCUCUGUACCCAAGUUGAGAAUUAGAGUUGAAAUUGUUGAUUGAACAAAUGAGGAAAUGGAAAAGCUUUAAGAAACCCAAAUGGAUGAAACUUUUAUACACCGACAUAAAAGUUGAAUUAAAUUGCUCGAAUGAGUUCUUAGCAAGGAGUUGGCUCAACAGAAAGAAAAUAGAAGGCUCAACAGAAUUCAGUAUUAGCAAAAGGCAAAUUGAAGCGAGUAUACAAUGGAAAUCAAAAUGUUAUUAACAAAGCACACCAAAAAUAAAACUUUAAAAAACUGCAUGUGUUGAUGAAGAAAUAAAAUUUCAAUGUUGUGAAAUUUAAACAAAUAAAAAAAACAAGCAAAUUGUUUACUUCAAAAGUAUUUCUGCGCAUUUAAGCAAAUCGUAAAACAAUGCUUCAUCAUUUCAACCUAUAAUGAGUCGAAGUUUUGCUAAGCAAUUAUAAACUGAGUAACGAAACCAGAUUUCAAUAAACGACAAACAAAACCAAGUAAGAAAAGAAAAUACAAAAUAAUAAAUUGUUAGAAAAACCAUGAAAGUGUAAACGCUAAUGGAUGUCAUGCAUUUUAAAAGCAUAGCAAAAGCUAAACUAUUAUAUUACCAAGAAAAAGACAACACAAAAUUCAUUAACUUACGUACGUAAGUAUGUUUGUAUGUGCGUACAUGCAUAAUAUAAUAUAUUAUUAAAAUUAUUAUGUAUUUCAAGCAAAGAAUUGUGAAUUAGUAAUAAACAGAAACAAAAUGUCAAGCAAAAUGGUAAAUAAAAAAUGUACAAUACAAAAGA